AAAUAGGCUUCAUAAUUAGACAAAUAUGAAACACCUCACUUCACCUUUGCAACAACAUACGCCCAAAAUGGCUGCCUCUGUUGACUUCUUCCCCUUUUACCCACCACCGUCCCAUCAACAUCCUCUCCCUUCUCCGUUCCCAGCCCCACCGCAUCAUCCGCCCCCUCCUUCCCACAUUGUCCCUCCACCGCCACCUCCUUCCCACUUUGCUCCUCCUCCACCACCUCUUCCCCAUUCCCCACCUCCACCAUAUCCUCGUCCCCAUCAGCCACCGCCUCCACCUCACGUUCUUCCACCACCACCACCGGGGCAUCAUGUUAUCAUUGUGGUUGUUAUCUCUCUUGGCAGUUUGUUUCUUCUUGCAUUCCUCGCUGCUGCUCUCUUCUGCUAUCUCAAGAAAAGAAGAAUAUCUUCUACAAAGACUGAGAUUAUCAAGUUUGAUGAACACCUCAAAGUCCAAGAAGUCAUAGUGCCAGGACCCCAUGGCGAACCAACUAGAGUGGUAAUGCUUGAAGAAGACAUUCAUUUGGAAGAGGACAUUCACAAGACUGAAAAGCUUAGCAGAGCUAACCAUCUCAGUUCAACUGGAGGACAUGCGAUUGAUAUAUCAGAUCCCAAUCAUCACUUUAUUGAGCACAAGGCCUAGAUCAAAAGCUAUGCGAUAGGCCAAAAUGUAAUCAGUCAUUUAUUCUCACUGUUUAACUAAUAUAUAAGGUACCAAAUC